AUUUUGGGUUAUAAUAUGGCAGCUUUACAAGGGUAGAAUCUGCUUUAUAUUCGAAUGGCUGACCAGUUAUGAGUAGAUCGAUUCGUUAGCUAUGUAUAUGCGCAGAAUGCUGAGGUGUACAAGAAGUCAGAAAAGUUUGUUAUCUUGGGUCGUCACCCUGCUGUUUACAAGUUACAUUUGCUUCAAUGUCUAUUCGUCGUAUAGUGUGUCAGUGAAUGAAAACACGAACAAUUAUAAUCAACGGAAAGUGCCUGAAAAGUGGAGGAAGCGUCCGUUGCUUUACAAGGAAGGGGCAACAAUAAAAAAGUCGUCGUAUUUGCAACAAGGUGUCGUAUCCAAGAUUUAUAAUGGUCAACAUAAAAACUUGUUACAAAGAGAAAAGGACGACGAACAAGCAAAAGCGUUACGAACCAACAAGCUCGAUGAAUGGGACGAGGAAGAAUGGCAAACUGUAGAGAACGUACCAGCAGUGACCAACAUUAAUACAAAUACAUUAAAACCCAUAAUAUCAGAUCUUGGUGAAAACGUAUACGAAGAAAAAGAAAUCGUUUCAAUUCUUCAGAAUUUAAGAGGAGGAUCAACAAAGUCUCCGAUUUCUGAUUUCCAGAAAAUUCGAGUUCACGUCAGUGAUGAACUUGGCGAACACUAUUUGAGUUUUAAAGAAUAUAAAAAGUGGAAGUUCCAAAAGUUUGUAAAAGAAAUAGCGAAUCCUGUUCCUAAGAGUGAACAACCGCCACAGAUUUUUCCAUACGAUAAUGAUAUUCCACGUCCAAAUCCUCAUAUGCUGAUCAAAGACAUGAGCAUCGUUAUCGACGAUGUUGGUAUCAGCACAGAAACACGAAACGACAGAUUACGUCGCUUAGCACUCGGUGAUGAAGACUCAAAUAAGUUACCUGACGUUCAAGCAGUUAUCCAGCAAUCCACAACAAGUCAACUGAAAAUACCUAAUCUCAUUCACUUUAUAUGGUUUGGGUGUCGACGUUUUAAAGUGCAUAACUAUAUAAGCAUUUUCAGUGCAUAUGAAUACCAAGAACCAGAUUUAAUAUUAUUUCACACAAAUUGUGAACCGAAUGGAACUUACUGGGAAGCACUCAAACAAACAAUUGAUUCCAAGUUGAGGAUUGUGAAACGAUCACCCCCAACUACAAUAUGGGGUCACCCUGUACAAAAAGUUGAACACCAGUCUGACGUUGCAAGAUUGGAGAUCUUACUUGAAACUGGAGGAAUAUACAUGGACGAUGACGUAGUUGUGCUGAAAUCACUUGAUUCAUUAAGAAAUAAUGAAAUGGUUCUUGGUGAAGAGAAUUAUGAUGCUCUAGCUAACAGCAUCAUCAUGGCCAGUCCUAAUUCAUGGUUCCUCAAAAAAUGGUUUACAUACUACAAAGAUUUCAAUGACACAAAGUGGAGUGAGAGUUCUUGUUUUGUACCCUGGUCAUUGUGGCAUCUUUUUCCUUCAACAAUAAAUGUGGUGAAAGAACGGAUGUUGCGGCCAAACUGGGAAGAAAUUAAAUUUCUUUAUCAUGAACUGUGGGAUUGGAGAGACAACUACACAGUGCAUUUGUAUUCAAGAUUCAUGGUUAACGUGGAUGGAACUCCAGAAAGAUCAUUGCAAGAGCUAUCUGUUCUAAACACAACUUAUGGUGAAAUUGCCCGUUAUGUUUUAUGGAAAGAUCCCAAAAUAAGAGACAUAACUGAGUGGAUGGUGUGAAUUUGCAAAGAUUAUUUAAAAAUCUCGCUACCUUGAAAAAAGGGGGAAUGCAAAACAACAUAUUUCAUAUUUAUUUGUUAUUGAAAUUAUUACCAAGAGGCAUAUUAUCUAAAUGUACUCUAAAUUGAAUAUGUUGGUUAUCUGAAAGAUACAUCCAAGUGGUAGAUAAGACGUAAUCUGGUAAACUACAUUAAUCAUGCCUUCAAAGAUACGUGCCGCCUGUAUUUUAUUGAACACACAAUAAACGUUCUACCAAGUA